AUGAGUGUGCGAAGGGUUGGAUAUUGCGCAUCCGCUGUUCUGGCCUUAGCAUGCCUCAGCGGGGGUGCCCUCGCCGCGUUCGGGCUUACUACUACAAGUAACAUAUAUAAGGUUGACACAAAUGGCGGAUUGGUAUUCGAGGUCGACAGAGCCAAUGGAGAUAUUACCAGUUUGGUAUUCAACGGGGUCGAGUAUCAAGGAAAGGGAAAGGCUUCGGCUAUUAAUUCAGGCCUCGGGACGUCGCAACUGUCCGCGGAGACGAUAAGUAACAAGUAUAUCAAGAUUACAGUGAAGGCCAAUUCACUACCUGUAACACAGUACUAUAUAGCGAAGCCGGACGAUCCGACUAUCUACAUGGCAACUUAUAUCACUGGGGAGGUUAGCCCGGGAGAACUUCGAUGGCUUGGCCGCCUACGGCAGGAAAAUUUGCCUACUGGUGUGCACGGGGACGUCGGCAACACCAUCGGUUGCACCGCUUUUGAAGGCAAGGAUACGUUUCGAUGCCCAAAUCAAGAAACUCGCUGCAAGAUGUACACAAGCGAUCGUUUUAUCGACGACCAGAUACAUGGCGUCUCGGGAUCUAACGCGGCUGUAUGGAUGAUCAUGCCUGGUGUUGCGUAUGAGACUUCGUCUGGGGGGCCAUUCAUGCGUGACAUCAAUAGCCAGACCGGUAGCAGCGAUCAAGAACUAUAUUGGUACAUGAACAGUGGACAUGUUCGAACGGAGCCGUGGCGCUUUGGAUUGAUGGGACCAUAUGCCAUGAAGUUUACCAAUAAGGCGGACAAGCCUUCUCCUAGCUUAGACACGUCCUUCUUUAGUACUCUCGAUAUUCAGGGCUACGUACCGGAUAACCAGCGUGGCUCCGUCUCCGGUACAGCUUCCGGGGUUCCGAAAGAUUUCGAAGCCGUCGUCCACUGGUACAAUGAUAAAGCGCAGUAUUGGACCAAAGCCGCGAACGGAGCUUUCGAGUCCCCCUUGAUGAAGCCGGGCACGUAUACUAUGAAGCUUUACAAGGGUGAGUACGAGGUAGCCAAAGACACAGUAACUGUUACGGCCGGGAGUGAUACAGCCAAGAAUAUCGCUUCGGCAGAGCCAAAUACUUCGGUCGUGUGGCGUAUCGGAAAUUUUGACGGACAACCCCUGGAGUUGAAGAAUGGAGACAAGAUUGAACGGAUGCAUCCCAGCGAUGCUCGCAUGGGAUCUUGGGGAGGUACUUAUACAGUUGGCCAAUCCUCCGGGCGCGAUUUCCCUAUGGCCCUCUUCUCGAAGACCGGCGGCAAUGUGAAGGUUAACUUCAACCUCGCCGCCAACCAAGUUCGAGAUCUCACGUUGAGAGUAGGGACUACGCUUUCAUUCAAGGGAGGUCGCCCAUCGGUGGCCAUUGGAAGCUGGACCGGAAAGGACCCAGGAGCUCCGAAACUAAUCGAUUCUCGCGGGGUUACUCGCGGAGCAUAUCGCGGGUAUGGCGAAGUCUAUACGUGGACAGUUCCUGCGAGUGCCUUGAAAACUGGGCAGAAUACCCUUACACUUGGUGUAUAUGGCUCGGGUGAUGCGGACUUCCUCAGUGCCAACUAUAUUCUUGAUGCCAUUGAGCUUCAAGGCCCGGCAGGUGCUGAUUGA